UUAUUUAUAGUACUAAUAAUACCAAGCAACGUGGAAACAGCAACCAAAGACCUAAUCAAUGAGUGCAUCAACUAAAACAAGUCCCUUAAAUUUAUUGUCAAACAAAGAAAAGAAAUACAUAAGAACAACACAAGUCCCUCAAAUUAAUCUCAAACAGAGAAAAGAAACACAUUAGAAUUUCAUUGAACACAAAAUAGAUGCAAUGGACAACAUCAUUGGCAACCGAUGGGUAGCAACUGUGGCUAGCAUAUGGAUACAAGCAACCAUGGGCGGUUCCUACGUCUUUGGCGUAUACUCCCCUGUACUAAAAUCCUCCCAAUCCUAUGAUCAGUCCACCCUUGACACUGUCUCUGUCUUCAAAGACAUUGGCGCUAAUGCCGGUGUCCUCUCUGGUCUCCUGUAUGCAGCCACUGCUGCCUCAUCUGGACCUCGUCGUUGGCGCUGCUUCCAUGGACCAUGGGUAGUCCUAGCUGCAGGUGCAGUCCAGUGCUUCUUGGGAUACUUCUUCAUGUGGCUCGCGGUUGUUGGGCUUAUUCCUCGGCCACCUAUGCCCCUCAUGUGCUUCUUCAUGUUCCUAGCUGCCCAUGCUCAAACAUUCUUCAGUACGGCUAAUGUCGUUACAGGUGUUCUGAAUUUCCCAGAAUAUAAUGGGACUAUUGUGGGGAUAUUGAAGGGCUUUCUUGGACUUACCGGAGCAAUGACAAUCCAAGUUUAUCAAGCAUUUUUCAAGGGCAAUCAAAGCACAUUCAUACUAAUGCUAGCUUUGUUGCCAACUACAGUCACUUUCACAGUGAUGUGUUUGGUGAGAAUCAGCCCGGGAAGCAGACCAGAUGACAAAAAGUACCUCAACCGUUUCUCCGUGGUUGCUUUGGCCCUAGCUGCCUUUAUAAUGACCAUUAUCAUAUUGGAAAAUGUUAUCGAAUUCCAACGGUGGGCAUGUCUUGUUACAGUUGCAGUUCUUAUAGUACUGCUUUCAUUACCUCUUAAAAUCGCCAUUGAAGCUACUAGAAACGAAAACACGUACCGAGUGCUUCUGGAAGGCGAAUCACCAGCUGAGAGUGUUGCUGCAACUGAGGAAUAUAAAGUACUACCUAGUGCUUCAGAUGAGAUACAACCCGUCGAAGAAAGCAUGGAUAUAAUAGAUGCCACAUGUAGCUUAAACUUUUGGUUAUUGUUUAUUGCUAUGUCAUGUGGAAUGGGUUCCGGACUUGCUACUAUAAACAAUAUGAGUCAGAUAGGACAGUCACUUGGCUACGACAUAGUGAAGACCAAUACAUUGAUUUCGCUAUGGUCAAUAUGGAAUUUCCUAGGCCGUUUUGGAGCAGGCUACAUAUCAGAUAUCUUAUUACGACAAAAAGGAUUGGCUAGACCGUUAAUGAUAGCAAUCAGUCUAGCAACCAUGACUGCAGGACAUCUUGUUAUCUCACUAGGAUUUCCGGGAAAUUUGUACAUUGGAACUAUCUUGGUUGGGAUAUGCUAUGGUGCACAGUGGAGUCUAAUGCCUACAAUCACUGCAGAGAUAUUUGGGGUGAAACAUAUGGGUACUAUCUUCAACACCAUUGGUAUCGCAAGCCCUAUAGGAACUUACUUCCUCUCAGUUUGGGUGAUCGGAAAUAUAUAUGACAGACAAGCAAGGAAUACCAAUACUUGCUACGGAGUUCACUGUUUCAUGUCAUCCUUCUUUAUCUUGGCUUUUGUUAGCUUUUUGGGGUUUCUUGUUGCUUUGACAUUGUUCUUCCGAACAAGGGCAUUUUAUAAGUAUGUUGUCUUAAGAAGAUUACAUAUUCUUUGAAACUGUAAAGCUUGAA